UGACGUAACUGUGACGUCUACUCUGAAUUGGUCUAUUGGUUACAAUUCCAGCAUUAUAACAACCCUCCUAUAAACUCAGAAGCGCUCUGUGUUCAGGCCUCGGUCGUGCGUGUCGUUUCACAGCUGUCUCUCAUGUUCAGGCGUCCAGGAGAAGAUGGGCAUCAUGAACCGAGGGGUGGUGUACGGCCUGUGGGACUACGAGAGCGCGCAGGACGACGAGCCGGCCUUCAAAGAGGGCGACUGCAUGACGGUACUGCGGCGGGAGGACGAGGACGAGACCGAGUGGUGGUGGGUGCACAUGGCCAGCCGAGAGGGAUACGUCCCCCGAAACCUGCUGGGGUUGUAUCCAAGAAUUAAACCUCGUCAGCGGAGUCUGGCUUAAGUGCUUCAGUGAGGAGAACAAAGACCAUCAACGUUAAUAAAGCCAUCAAUCCAUCAACAUUAGUUAACUUCCUCAUGCUGGUUGUAGGACCAUCUACUUGUUUGUCCCAUUUGUAUUGUUGUUGUUGUUUUUUUGGUGUUGCUGUUGAUAUGUUACAGUAAUGGCCACUUUGUCUUUUUUUUUUUUUUUCACACAAAACAAUUGAAUAGAAAUUAGCUGUUUAGAAUGUACUUUAUAUUUGUAUAUCAAGAAUUUUUCCACUGAGAAAAAAAAUUUAAUAGUGACCUGUGUUUUGCAUCACAGGUAUUUUGCAUAUGCUGUCCUUUCAGUGCUUUAUUGAAAGGGAAGUGAAAGGAAAUUCAUAGUGUUGGAGAUCUUCUGAAUCGUGGGUAACAUUUUUCUCAUGCACAAUGCUUAACAAAUGAAAUGAACUAGUUGUACAGUGCUAGUAAAGUGGAGUCAGAACAGUGAAUUUCUGGCCCAGUAGUGAAUAUUCAGAUAGUGAGUUACAUUAUGUGUCCGGCACUGAUCUCUCGCUUCAUCCCAUGACGCUCUGAUCCGCAGUGCUGCAAACUGAGAUGAGCGCAAGAUGGGUAUAUUCAUUUUGACAGACACGGCUUACAUGAUACAUUAUUUUCCUCUGUUCAGCAAAUGUAACCUGCAUUUUUACAUCUUCAUCCUCAUGAGUUAUUGGACAAAUCAGCUGGAGGUUUAACAUGAUCAAAAAAAAUUAUUAAACACUGUGAACUGAGUUCUCAUGAA